GAAGGAGCGAAGUGAAGUUCAAAUACAUACAUACAUAGCAUCCAUACAAACUCACAGAUCAAAAUCAAAUUCUUGUAAGAGAACUUUUUUGUGUAGGGUAUUCUAGCUUCGGUGCAACCGAAGUAAAUGUUUUUAUUGCUCAUAUUGCAUACAUAUACGACACUACAUACAUACAUACGUAUGUGCAAAUUAUUUUCCGAUUUAAUCAACUAUAGCAAGAUCGACGCAGUUGAAUUGAAAUGAACGUUCUGUCAAUCAAUUUUGAUAGUAAACAAAAAACAGCUGUUUAUUUGCACAAAUUUGCACAAAUAUAAAUAUAGAAAUAAUAUUGCCGCACUUGCUUAAAAUUAUUUUUAACUUCUCUGAAAAUUAUUUUAAGUACGAUUUUAAAACAAUUUAAGUUAUUCUUACAAAUUUGAAUGGUUUUCGAAGGUUUUAAAUAUUGGUUUCAAUGAAACAAUAAAUAAAUGAAACAAAAAAUUCUGUAAGCUCAGGAAUUCAGGAGCGUUUGAUUUUUUCAUAUCACGUUCCAAACGAUCCAGAACUGUACAAUAUACCUGUCGUGCCCGUUUACUGUAUCGAGUUAUCAAAUAUUCCAUCCAGUUGUAACAAAGAAAUUAUUUUCAUUUCAUUUUAAUUUUUUUUUUAUUGUCAAAUCACUCAAAUUGUUUUAAUCUAAACGACAAUCAAUAAAAGCCGUGUUAUUUAAAUAUAAAUAAGUUAGGGAUUACCUUUAAAUCCUCGCUAUUCCAAGUUUAAAUCGCACAAUAAAGCCACAAUGGUAGAAUGUUCGUUGUGCUCGUUGCUGAAUUUUCUAUUCAAUUGCGUCUACCAUGUGAUCAGUUGCGCUUUGGACUACCCGCUCGUUGUGAUGGCAGUCAGUCUUCUAAUAGCGCUGGUUUUCGUCAUUAACAUUCAUACGGCCAUGUUGAUUUGUGAUUUUCGUUUUCCGGGUCGUGGAGCCUCAGGCGGAGGCAGUUGUGGUGCAGGUGCAAGCGGUGGUGGUGGUGAAAGUAAUAGCUCCAUGAAUUUUGAUUAUGGCCCUGACAAUGGACCACACAAUUGGCGUUGCUCGGAUGCAAAUCAGUCACCCAUAAAUAUUAUCGAUGAGAACGUACAAAAAUUUCCCAUACGUGAGUUACUCUGCUGGAAUCACUACGAUGAUUUACCCAAUGGCAUCAUGCUGGAGAAUAACGGACAUACAGUUGUGCUGCGCGCAUGCUUUUCGGGCAAUACACCUACGGUCAGCGGAGCUGAUCUGCUGGCCUGUUACACUUUUGUUGAGUUGUGCUUUCGCUGGAGUCUGCUGAGCAAUGAUGGCUCAGAACACAUGUUGAAUUAUCGCAAAUUUCCAUUAGAACUGCAGGCCAUGCACCGCACCGGUCCGAGCGGUGAUUGCACAUCGAGUUAUGACUUACUAAUGGUUGGCUACUUUUUCGAGGUGUCGGCAAACAACCCUUACUUGGAUCCGCUUGUACAAAAUUUACAUCGUAUACAGAAACCCGGUUCCAAAAUUGAAAUUCCACCUUUUCCACUCUCUUAUCUACUAUAUCAAUUUCGUACCGGCUUCUACAGUUAUGGUGGUUCGUUGACUGAGCCACCCUGUUAUCAAGGUGCCGAAUGGUUUCUGUUUCCCGAACCCUUAGCGAUUAGCGAACGCCAAUUGAACGAAUUCCGUCAGUUGCUCUCGAAGGACGGUAAAACACGCAUUCUGCGCAAUUCACGUCCCGUUCAAAGUAUCAAUUGCACACGUGUGGUCAACUUAAAUCAAUAUAAUCCCAUUGAUGCUUACCAGAUGGAGCCGCCCGUGUCUGAGGUGCAGUGUGAAGAUGAAGAAAGUUUUGAAUAGAAAGAAGUUGCUAUGCCAAGCGUGAAACACUCAGGAUCUCAUAUAAUAUUCACUUGUAUAUUUGUAAAUUUGUUUUACAAAUAGCGAAAAUAUAUACCGCGAUACAGUUUAUGUAUAAAUGAUUUUUUUAUUAUUAUUUUUUAAUUUAAGCUCAAAUCCUUGUCGUUUAGCUGUUCUUAGUCUGACUCGUAUGUUUCGUUGUGUUGUUAUAGCGACAGAAAACAUCGCUUAAAUAUUUUGGAGAAUAUAGUCCUUGACCGAAUAAAAUUCCGAGUCUGUUCCAGUUGCGUGGACCCAACUCUCAAAGGAAUGCAAAAGUUCUCCAAAAUAUAUCAAGUCUGAAAAAGGAAAUCUGAUUACAAUAAAGUUUAUUAUAUUUUGGAGAUAUUUUGUUUACACUAGACUUUUGUAUUCUGACAACAAUACAUGUGAUAACAGAUAUGGUCCGAUAUUUUCUUCUCUUGUAGACAUUUUUUCUUUAAUUUUAUUUUGUGAUUUUGGUUUUUAAGUCAUAUAAAUAUCAAAUUUAUUGUUUUAGUGUGGUUUCUUUAUCUUUCAACUACACAGGCAUAAUUACAUUUAUAAAAGAGGUCAGCUGAUUUUGAAAUGGCGGAAGCAUCUACCAUACGUGCGCACAUAAAAGAAUUUUUUUUAUAAAUAAUUUUUAAGAUGUUAUCUAAGGUAACUGAUAACAACUCAAGUAGGGUACAUCUAUACGCGUGAGCACUUGUGCCUGUUAGGGUUAUUUGAGUACUUUUGUUUGGUUUUCCAACUCUUAGCGGUGUACUUUGUCUCUGACGCUUAUCAAAAACACACGCAUAUGUGGGCUUGUUUUUUUCAUUUUUAGCACCCCAAAGUCGAUCAUAUGAUGCAGUUUUAGUAUUGCCAUAAACAAACUUUGUGACGUCUUAUUCAGCUAAAUAGCUUGUUAACUAGAUUUGCUAUAUUGGUACUAACUUUCACUGAUAUAAUUGUUUAUGACGAGAAAUUUAGGUGUGAUUUAUAGUACACUCAAAUCUUUGUUGAUAAUUUGCCGAACAUUGCGGAACAAUCUGCUAAGUAUAAAUACCAAUAUAGUGCUUAAUAUAAGUUAUGAAUUGAGAAAAAGGUUUAUAUUUAGGUAUAUGAAGUCCGAGUGACGGCCACAAAUAGAGCGGCUUUUUUUUAAAUAAAAAUACUUCAUUGCGAUCUUCCUAUUAUUUUUUGUGCAAACAUCACUUUUAACGUACAACUGUUGAUUAUUUACUGUUUUCAAAAUUCUUCCUUCCGAUUGAGCGAGCAAAGCAGAGAAAAUUGAGAGCGCAAUUUGACAUUUCCGUUUUAUACGAAACAUUGUUGCCAGAAAGAAAAAAUCAUUAAUAAUAAUUUAGUAGUAAUUGUCGAUUCCACACAUUAAAAAGUUAAGUUAUUUUCGAAAUUGCUCAAAUUUGUGAAAUGAAUAAUUUUGCUUAUCAUCGUUGACAUUUAUUUUACGCAAACAUUAUAAUCACUACCGGUAUACGUUAAUAAUUUCAAAAUAAAUAGUUAGUUUACUCACGCAUACUUCACAUUUAUGACAAUUUCCUUUUAAAGCACUUUUAUACUUAGAUGACAUGUUCAAUGAAAUCAUUACAAAUAAACCAUAAACGCGAAUUAUAUGUUACACUCAGAGUCCGCAUUGUUUUCAAAAUCUUAUCAGCUUAUCGUUUAAAUAAGAUAAAUACGGUAUUUGUUGUUAUACAGCGUAAGGUAUGGUUUCCGCGAUAAGCUUCUACGCUACUUAGUAUAACGGCCCAUGGCACUUUGUGCAAAUUCAAUGCCAAUAAAGAAACAACUCCGAUAAAUGUCAUCCAUCACCGUCGUCCAUUAAAUAAUUAAUUGCAAAAAAGUAUUGUGAACCUUAAAAUUACUCACUUAGUUGUGUGCAUUCGUGUUUGGAGCGUUUGAUCGAACGUUUGCUCAAAUCGUAGGUGCGUCCGGCCAGCUGGUAGCAGUGUUUCUAUAGAAAGCCUAGAAAGUGCAACGAGUUGAUAUGUGCAUAGGCAACACAAAACUAGUUCUUGGCUACUUACAAUUGAUACUUCCUUUGUGAACGUGUGACCAAUAAAAUUCGCCAUCACGUCGCAGUACGCACAUUUAACCGUUAAACACAUUAUUUGUGU